AUGCUCCCGGUGGAAAAAACGGCGAUUGAGCCUAAGGUGGAAGUUGAAGAAGUCGAUCAAGGAGAAGAGAAAACCAAAGCGAUAGAGAUAUCAACUGCACCACCACCAGCAUUCGAGUCGGAGAAACCAUCUUUACAUGAAUUGGCUUUGAAAAAUGAUGAGAUAAAUAAGCUGAAAUCCAAGCUAGAAGAGAAAGAAAAGGAGCUUAGUGUGUUUACUCAAGAAAACAAGGACCUGAAAAAGCAGCUCAAUGAAGCGACCUUGAACAUUUCAAGUGCAAAAGCCAAGGAGCAAGAAAUGACUUUGAAGUUGACCCAAGUAGGGGAGGAACUACGAGCAAGUAAAACAGACUCAACUCAAUUGAAGGAAAAGCUCCAAUCAGUUGAAGAGCAAAAUGAAGCAUUGGAAGUCGAGAUGAAGAAGCUAAGGGUACAGACUGAACAGUGGAGAAAAGCAGUGGAUGCUGCAGCAACUAUUCUCUCCGGGGGGCAUGGAGAUGAACGGGAGGAUUUCGAACCGGUUUUUAGUACAAAUUUAUCCAUUCUAAAUCCCAUUCACCAUAAUUGUAUGGUGUUGUGA